UAUGCACUUACCAUGAACAAUAAUAAUGCCACGGAUGUUUCAUUUGAAUGGAUGCCUCACAAAAUCAUUUUUGUUCGUGGACUCAAAAACGUUGAAUUGUGUAUUUUUGAAAUAAAAUAAAUCGCACUUUUAUGUGAACCAAUCUCAGAACAUAGUGGCUGCGGGUCAUAUUUAGAAACUUUUGUUACCUUGAAUUAUCCCCAGGAGGAGACAGAUGUUCAAACGGAAUUAGAAAAAUUAGACAGGGAAAGAAUGCUGCAUAUACGAGAGUUAAAGAGGAUACAAAAUGAAGAUAGCUCGAAGUAAGUCUCAUUUUAGUGCAUGCAGCUUUAUCGACUUUGAUGUGCUGCUCCUGUUAGGUUACUGUAACUUGAAUGUAUGUAUUACAAAAUUACUUUUACUGUAGCGUGGAACUUGGCUUUAGCCAGGUAGACAGUUUUUGGCCAAAAAUCCAUAACUUUGAUUACUGGUACAUGUAGCUGUCUUUUCGGUAACAUCCCUUGUUACUGCAUUCGCUUUUCAGAUUUAAAGAUCACCCCACUCUAAACAAGAGAUAUCUGUUAUUAAAUCUGCUGGGCAAAGGAGGCUUCAGUGAAGUUUAUAAGGUGAAUUAUGAAGUUAUGAAUAUAUGAAAAUCAUAUAUGAGAACUUCUGGGAGAAGAAUUAUUUGAAAGAAGAUCAUCGCAGUUGUAGACACAACUUUUAAAGUUGCGAAAAGAAAGCCUGAAAAAAAUUAAGGCUUGUAUGGGAUUCGAAUCCUCCUGACCCUCGUCCUCCGCGAUACCGGUGCAGCGCUCUUACCAAUUGAGCUAACAAGCCAACCGGAAUCCCGUACAAACCUGAAGAAGGUUAAGCCCUUUCCCGAUAGCAAAAUGAUAAAACUUCUUACAUUUGAUAACUUGUUCCCACCACUACGACAUUUUCGCUCAAAAUCCUAGUAGAAUGACGACGGCUACCACGUUUUCCCGCCAGAGUGACGUUAGUUCACGCUAGAGCACUACUACUAGUACUGAGAAAAUCUCUAAAGCUCUCUUAUAUCAUAAGGGGAGAUUAGAUUCGUUUGAUUGUUAGAGCUAAGAGGCCGGGGUAUCAACGGCUCAACGGGUGCUUUCAUUCUUCGUUGUUGUUUAUCUUCCUUCUUAUAUUUUGAACUAUUUUAGGGUUAUGACUUGUUAGAACACAGAUAUGUGGCCUGCAAAAUACAUCAACUCAGUAAUGACUGGAAAGAAGACAGAAAAGCAAAUUAUAUCAAGUACGUCUGCCUUUACUUUGUUUCACACUCUAGUUCCCAAACCUUUUUCUCUUUGUCUUUUAUUCUCUAUUUUCACCCCUUCUCUUAUUCCUCUUUUCCCUUUGAUCAUGUCCACAUGUUGUUUUUUCUCUUGUUACAGGCAUGCGUUGCGGGAGUACAAUAUUCACAAGACUCUGGAUCACCCUGUGAGUGGCUCUCUUGAUUACCUCAAUGACUAUCGAUACUGAUUAAGCCCUGAGAAUAGUGAUUAGGGUCAAGCGCUGACUCGAAAAACGGUUAAACCUCGUCUCCAAAGGGAGGGAAAAAUUUUACAAGAAUAGUAUACUGAGCGCUUAAACGUUGCUGAACACUGGAACCCAAGUGAACUCUGAGCAGUUGUUCUAGGCUUUCAUAGCUAGACGCAUGUCUGCUGGCAUAACCAGUAGAAAAGGCUGUACUACAAGACAGCUCAGCGUCGCAUGUGCAGACUCUUAGCCAUGAAUGGUGCUUUGAAAAUAUUGGCCAAUACUGUGGCUCGUACUAGCCUGCUUAAGACAACAAGGCCGUAAAGUUCUACGCUAGAAGACAAUGCAUCUUAGAGUUCGCUGACCUUGACAACCUGACUACACAAUUGCUUUGUUGAAAAAGAGCCGCCAUGAAUGGGUUACUGAUAACUAGCGUCACGUACCAUUAACUACAUUUUACUGGCGUGACAGUAAAAUUGCCUUUAGCUUUUAUUAAGGGUUAGGGUUGAUGCUAUAUACUUCCAACUUAAAGAACUUCUUCCCAGAAAAUGCUUGGUAGUCUAGUGGUUUGGGUGGUAGACUGCAGAUCCGAUGCUCCGGCAUCGAAUCCUGCUCGUGCCAUCCUGAAAUUUUAUGAAGCGGUCCAGAUAAGAGCGAUAGCAACAACGGCAACAAACAUGUUGGAAUGCAAAAAAGGUGCUAACUUUUCUAUUGUCUGUAUUUACUUCUGAUUGGCUUAAACAGCAAAGUUAACAGAACUUCAUAAAGCAGUACAUAUAUUCAUCCUUACUUUCCAACCAUCUUCCAUAUAACAAAAUCUGGUCUCACUUUGAAUAACAAAGAAAUCCUAUGUGGGGAACAUGUAAAAUUGUAAACUUUUCUUGGCUAUUGUUUUCAACUCUUGUGAUUGGUCAAAAUCUUUUAACACUAAAAAACACCCAUUCAAAGUGGAGUGUAAAUGCAUUUUAUUGCGUAAACGGCCUUCAUGUAGGUUUAUGCAUUCUCUGUGUAAAAAUGAGAACAUUCCUAUGUGGGGAAAGCACCGUUGCCGCAUAACAAAAGAAAUUGCUAUCCACCUUACCCGGAUCAUUACUUAUUCCGUAAACUAUUGAAGAGACUUAGACUUUCAUGAACAUUUUAUCAAGCAGAAAUUUCAAGAGACAGAGAAAUUUUAUGUAGGAAAAGAGAAAUGUCUUGUGAGAGCCACUGAGAUGGAAAUGUCAGUUUAGAGUAUAGAGAUGAGUGCUAACCGUAUUAAUGUUACUACAGGUUAACAGACGGCUAAGAGGACGAGAUUUGACUGAUUAAGUCUUUUUUUUUCGCGUAUUCUAAGAAAAAAGAGACUCCUGAAAGCCUCAUUCCAGAAAAGUUAACACGGUUAUUUUAUUCGAAGGAGGUUAAUGGGCCCUCUCCUGACCGCAAAGUGACAAAACGUUUAAUAUUUAAUUACUUGUUUCCGUCUGUAUGACAUUCUCGCUAAAACCCGUAGCAGAAUGACGGCAGCUAUCAUAUUUUCCCGCCAAAUGACGCUGGUUCGCGCGCGGGCGACACGCGGGCACUGUUCAGUUUUGAGAAAUUCUCGUUGCGGUUGUCGUCUUAAAAGGUCUUUAGGGAGUAACCGCAACGACAACCACGACAGCAACUUCGAAUUCAAACAACAUUGAAUUUAAUGAGCAAAACAACAAUUUUACAUGUGAAGCAAAUAAUUUGGUACAUUUCUUUGACCUCCACUGCACGACUAUGAAAACAAUGCUUAUGCAAAAUAGUCGGAGCUAAACAAGGUGAAUUAUGGGUAAUGUGCGCAAGACAUUUGACUCUCACAUUGCCCCACUCCACCCAGGUGUAUAAGUGGCAGACCUAUAAUCUUGCUUUACUAUGCACAUGUGGUACGUAACUGUUCUCUUUAUCUUGUAGCGGAUUGUUCAUCUUUAUGAUGUCUUUGAGAUUGGACAGCACUCGUAAGUAUACGCUUUUUUUGCUAGAAAAUACAUGCACUAACCAGUGCGAACAUUUAGUCGUAAAAGUCUGCUUAAUACAAAAACCUGCUUAUCGUGAGAGGUGACAAUGCAUUUAUGGGGCCCAUUUACUGAAGUGUGGGAGUAAAAGAAUAGUUGUUCCUAGUCACAAUCGGCUUAAUUCCCGUGCAAUAAAUUCAUCGACAGUAAUGUAGUUGUUAUUGUGUUUACUCUCUAUUUAAUUCCGUUGUAUAUAGUCCUUAUUACCUAUCACAGAAAAAAGUUGUGAUCUCGUUAGUUUUGUAAGAGGUAGCUUAAAAUCAGAAAGUUCUGUUUAAAACGUUCCCUAUAACAUAUCUUGUAAUUCAUAGCUACGCUCAGCCCAGGCGUGUUCUUGCUUGGUCUUUCAGGUUUUGUACAGUUAUUGAAUACUGCGAUGGCAAUGAUUUGGAUUUUCUUUUGAAACAACACAAAACAGUUCCAGAGAGAGAAGUAAGUUGGAUUCGCCAUUUGUACAUCUACCAUAAUACACCUCAUUUGCCCUCCAAAAUGGACCUUUCCACGGUUUUUUUCAACUUUUGACGUGGACAUGUUAAGGAAAAAUCCAUCAACACCACUGGAAAGAGCGCCUUAAGAUUAGUAAAAUUGCUUAGUUUGAAAGUGAUUUGUUCAAAACUAACGUUCAAAGUCGCGAAAUUUUACAGCCGUUUGUAUGGGAGGGGUGGGGGGCACAAACUUGCUCAGUACGCUCAAAUUUAAAAAUUGGCGUCUGACACGGUGUGAAAUGGGGUAACUAUGUAGACAGAUACAUUUCUGGUACUCAAGGUAUGAACACAACGCCAUUUUCUGCCGGUACCCAGGCACUGGUUCCCGGGCGUAAGGUGUGGACAGCCCCUAUAUAGUUUCAGAAAUGCAACUAAUCUUAAAAGUGCCCUGGCCUUUGAAUAGAAACUAGGAUGGCGGUGACCUUGUUUUGGUACAAACCUUCCUGCUUUCCAUGUGCAAAUCGUGGUACUCUGAUGCUAACAAGCCCGUGAACAUGAUCAUUUACAUAUGAAAAACAAGAAGGUUUGUGACAAAACAAGGUCACUGCCAUCCUCGAUUCUAUUCAAAGGCCAGGGCACUGAGCACACAACUGUAAAAUGGUCUAUUCCUAAAGACUCUGAUGCAGGUUUGACUGCGGUGGGCUAUGGGAGCGUUGUGGGGGACGAAUUUUGACCCAGUGAAACAAGGUUGUGUCUUGGUGCUGCAGAUGGAUGCAAUCGCCAAAUGAUGUAAUGCAAAAGACUGAAAAGGCACUGAACAAUACACACACCAAAACACAAUAGCGAACCAAUCUAACUGCCCACCUACCCCUCCCCUAACUCAACGUUAACAUUUGCGUCUCACUUGAGGCAAAAUGUUGGGUUAGGGGAGGGGUAGGUGGGCAUUUUCCCAGUAACCUAAAUUGAUCCGAAAUCCAAAACAAGUGAUAGUGGCCCCAAAGCAAUCCCAUAGUGCAAUGCGAUACAGCACUGACCCAGUCCCCCGCGAACCUCAAAAUAGCUUUCAAAGUUUAAAAUUGUGUUCUUAUUGUCUCCAUAGGCCAAGUCUAUUGUCAUACAGGUAUGUUUUUUUUAUCUUUCAGAUGGAAGAAACUAUGUCAUCGAAAUCAAUAGCCGGACUAGCUGGCGGGAUUGUUAUGCGCGCGGGGUACUUUCUACCCUGAGAAAACAGCCUUCAUUCCGCGACACCACCACUGCUUUCCCCGCGAAAUGACGUCUGUGGGAUGAGCGCAGAAAUGCAAUACUGAUGACGUGCCGCUAUACAGAUCUGGGUAGUGCUUCUGAUUGGUCGGGUAAAUUUGCUUCAGCCAGUCAGAAGCACUACCCCAAUUGCGCUCGUUUCUCAGACAUCAUUUCGUGGGGAAACCAGUGGUGGCGUCGCCAAAUGUCGGUUGUUUUCUUGGCCGCGGAGAUCUCAAUUAGACUUGCUCCCAAACUUCUCAAACUUCUCGCGGCCCCCCCGCCAAAAACAACACCAAUCUUUCGCUUAUUGCGCCAGCUAAGCAGGCUACCAAUUUAAUUUAGCAUAAAACGUAUGCAAUUCUCUUAGAAAUACUAAGGAAAUGCAUUGUGUUGAUUCUAAUUAACGUUAGCCUUGUUGUCUCAACUACUCCAACAAAACAGUCAGGAGUUUUCCUCGAAGUCGAUUAUGCAAGGCGCCCGCUUUAGACUGUUGCGCGAAGCGCGCGCGUCGUACGCCCUUUUCAGUAUAGCUUUGUUGCUUCUUUAAAUCCCAGACUACGACUAUUCAAGGUAAUAGUGGCCAUGGGCACAACAACAAAGCAUUGUUAUAACUGUUAUAUUGUUUGUGGUGUUUGUUAAUCAACAGUUCUUGUUUCUUUGUUUUAGACUGUUAGCGCCCUCAAGUAUUUAAACGAGAUAAAACCACCAGUUAUUCACUAUGAUUUGAAACCAGGUACUUUUCAUCUUAACGUCAAUCAGUUAACUAGUUAUAGUAAAAGACAGCGAAUACCCUAUUUCCCACUCGUGCCCAAAAAUUUAUGUAGCCUGUCACCGGUAGGACGGGAGUAAAAACUUGUACCCACUGCUGGGCGCAGCUUAACAUAGCAAAACAUGUACCGUCUCACAAGCCUUGGAAAAUAUGUAUGGAAGCAUGGCAGACGUUAUGGACGGGAAAGGGAGAAUAACACUCGUGCAAACGCAAAGAACGAAAAACUAGAGCUUCCUUUUUCUCCUUUUUUCCCUCUGCUACUUUUCUUGUUCUAUACAUUAUUUUGUCACAUUUUGCGCGAUUCUAGUUUUCCUUCGUGUUCCCCCUUUUAUCGCGUGUAAGUAAGGUACAAAUAGCCCGUUUCUAAGUUGCUCAAGUCUCUGCUUCAAGUCAAGAGUAAGUGCGUUACCUUUAUAUGAAAGUAAUCGUCUUGGUUCCCCCAGAAUUUCAAGAUUUUGCACUUGGCCUCAUCUUGAAAAUGAGGAGUUAAGCCUGGCAAGAACGCCACGAUUUGUUCGACGAAAACAUCCUAUUAUCGCUUUGAGAACUUGUGGUUCAGUCCAGGCAAGAUAGUCAAUGACGUGAAUUGCUGUAUGGCUUCUUCAGUGCGCUUAUACGUGACUACGCGGCUAGGUGACUACGUAGUUACCCUGCUACAUGGCUACGCUUAUAGCCUGCGAAAACAGCCGUUUCUCCUCGCUCUUCGCCGCUGGGGACGUUUCGCGCGCAGGAACGUCUGCGACUCAGAGACAGAAGUUCCAUACUGAUGAUAUAAAAUCUGUCCGGAAUCCGGUCAGAAGCGCUGCUUAGUCGACGGAGUGGUUACAUAGUUUUAGCUAUUGUUUACGAAUGACAGACAAACCAAUAUUUGUUGAAUAUCGAUAGUCUUCUCUAGAAGAAGCAUUUGAGUUUUCUGGAGCUUGUUCACAGAUGAACACAACAGUUUACCAAAAGCGACCGGGAGAAACGUAGAAUUGAACAAAUUUGCAUUUGGAACCCCAUGACUACUGGAUUUAUUAUGUAAACAUUGAUUUAUAUCAUCACUAUGGAAUUUCUGCCGCUGAGUCGCGGACGUUCCUCCGCGCGAAGCGUCCCCAGGGCGUAGAGCGAGGAAAAACGGCUGUUUUCACAGGCUACUUCGCUUAAAGAUUACGUGGCAACGGGGCUGUAUCAGUGGCUUCAUGGCUAAGUGCACGUAGCCGCAGAGGCAUUUUCCACGUUGUCACUGUUCUAGAGGUAGAGCUUUUGAGUGGCCGAGUACUCUGCACUUAAACCUGUUCACUUAUUUUGGUUCACAGGAAACAUUCUCAUGGUUGGCACGGGUGCCCUCAGUGGGGAGGUGAAAAUCACCGAUUUUGGUCUCAGUAAAGUGAUGGACUGUAAUGAUGACAGCAUGGAACUCACGUCCCAAGGAGCUGGCACCUACUGGUACCUCCCCCCUGAGUGCUUUGUUGUCGGAAAAGAGCCGCCUAAAAUCUCGUCCAAGGUU